AAGAGAGUACACCUGCGGUCUUACUUAGAUCGCCCUUAUUUACAACAGAUCGAGUUCCACGUUUUAAAGCUAUCCCCUAUCCACCGUACGGUGUUUAAAAGAAAAGAUUAUAUUGUCAUAACAUGUCGAUACACACGCUAUAUUUAGUAAAUUAUUGUCCUUGCUCUAUUUCCUUAACGUGACAAUUUUUUGCGACAAUGGUUCACGGUUAAAUUCACCGAUGACGCCAAUUAUCAAUUUCGCGAUUUCAUUUCUGGAGUUCUGAUGUGGAGUAUUGAUGUUCAUCCACCAAAACCUUGACACUACAGGUACACAGUAUAUAAAAGACAAUUUGUUAUAUGGCCAGUUCAGAUGGUGUCUAGGUCAUGGGAAGAUGAUACUGCACUCGGUGGACAUAAUGCGUAACAAAUGUAUUACGUACUGGGUAUUAGUGGCAUUGCUGACCGGAAGUCUGGCGGUGGAAAUGGUCGUAAAAAACCCCUGGCCUGUAGGUAACCACUUUCGAGUUGAGGCGAAAUGUGCGCUGACGAUAACGGAAUAUCUGACAUCCUUCUAUGUCUAUAUCUCCUUUGAUCGACCAACCAGUAAUCUUGUGGUUUACAUAGCCAAUGAGAUAGAUAAGGAACCAAGUGGAUUAUGGUACCAUGUGAAGACAAAAUACCCCUACGAUUCGCACCAGUCUCCACUGGACAUGGUAUUUCAAUUCGACAUCAGCACUAACGAAAAACCAAGCGGGGUCUGUUCGGAAGUGAAUGGUAAUAGGAUUGAUGUUAACCCAACAGGACAUACAACAACGGCAGCACCGACGGCUCCACCAACGGUAGCAACGACGGCGGCACCAACAGCGGCACCAACAGCGGCACCAACGGCACCACCAACGGCUGCACCAACGGCGGCACCAACGGCGUCACCAACGGCGGUACCAACUGCGGCACCUACCCCGGCACGGACGGCACCACCAACGGCGGCACCAACGGCGUCACCAACGGCGGCACCAACGGCACCACCAACGGCACCACCAACGGCUGCACCAACGGCGGCACCAACGGCACCACCAACGGCACCACCAACGGCGGCACCUACCCCGGCACCGACGGCACCACCGGGCGCAACAGCAGUGCCGCCACCGUACGACUAUGGAGAACUAUUACGUCUGUCUAUCCUGUUCUACGCUGCCCAAAGAUCAGGCGACCUACCAGACGACAACCCGAUAUCGUACAGGAAAGAUUCGGCCCUGACGGACCAGGGUGAAAACGGAAGAGACCUGGUUGGUGGUUUUUACGACGCCGGUGAUUAUGUCAAAUUCAACUUUCCAAUGGCGUCGUCAGUUACAUUGCUUGCGUGGGGGCUGGUCACGUGGCCCGACGCGUAUGCCUCGGCGGGACAACUCGAUUCAAUGUACGAUUGCAUUAAAUGGCCUCUGGAUUACUUCUUGAAAUGCUGGGACGAAGAAAACAAUGCUUACUACACACAGGUCGGUAACGGAGCAGCGGAUCACGCCUACUGGGGACAGCCGGAAAACAUGACAAUGGCCAGGCCCGCACUGAAAUUGACCACAAGCAAACCCGGAAGUGACGUAGCCGGAGAGACUGCCGCUGCAAUGGCAGCUGGUGCCAUUGCAUUCAAAGUUAAAGAUCCAACGUAUUCGAACACAUUAUUGGACAAAGCCAAGACUUUGUAUACAUUUGCCAAACUGUAUACAGGGAAAUAUUCCGAUUCGUUUCCAGAAAUAAGAGAGUUUUAUGGAUCCAGUGGAUAUAUAGACGAGCUAGCCCUAGCUGCUGCCUGGCUGUACAAGGCGACACAGAAUACAAAUUACUUACUGGACGCUCAGCUGUACUACUCGUCACUGUCCGGCACGCCAUGGGCUCUUUCCUGGGACUCCAAGACCCCGGCUGUACAGGUUCUUCUUUAUGAAUUCACAAAAGAACAACAAUACCGAUCUGAUCUUUUAAAUUUCUUGGAAUCUUGGCAACCAGGGAAAGGUCUUCAAUACACACCACAAGGGCUAGCAUGGAGGGACCAAUGGGGUUCUCUAAGAUACGCAGCCAACACAGCUCUUGUUGCGCUGAAAGCGGUCGAGCAAGGACUUGACGAAAAGUACCGGACAUGGGCAGAAUCUCAAAUACACUACAUGAUUGGAGAUAAUUACAAUGAGUUUAGCUACGUCAUAGGGUUUGGUUACGACUUUCCUCGGAACCCACACCAUGCAAGCAGCUCAUGUCCGGAAUCAACACUGCCUUGUGGCUGGGGUUUCUACAAUGACGUGAGUAAACCCAAUCAUCACGUCUUACUUGGUGCCCUGGUGGGAGGUCCUGGAAACAACGAUGAUUACGAGGACAGGAGAACUGAUUAUGUUAAAAAUGAAGUCACCUGUGACUACAAUGCCGGAUUCCAGUCAGCUGUAGCAGGUCUCUAUCAUUUCCAUCUUCUGGCAAAUCCAGCACCAACAGGACAGACAACAAGGGCGACAACUACUACAACGACUACUACUUUAGCGACAACUACAUCGUCGACUACUACACCGCAACCACUAGCCACAGGCGGUGUAGUGGAUUCCAUGGCUGUUAAGAGUUCCUCAUGCCUAUUUGUGUGGAUUUCAUGUUUGUUUGUGCUAUGUACUUAUAGGGCAAUCGAAAAUGCUUCCUAAUAGUAUAGUAGUUUGUAAUUGCAGCAAAGAUGUAUGCCAAGUUAAAUAUGUCGUAUAUAAACAUCUUAAUUAAGCAUUAACUUGUUUUCAAUUGGCAGUUAUGGACUGAUAAUGACAACUGGAGAAAGGCAAAUUUAAUGAAGCGUUUCAUGUUGAAUAUUCCUUUGUCCUAUCUGCGUUAUCAUCCCAUAACUGCCAAUUGAAAGCAGUCACAUAUACCACUUGCUAUUUAAAAAAAAUCACUACAAUUAAUUUAAUUAUAUUUCUCUUCUGUGGUAAUAAUCAUCAAUGAAGCUUUUGUUUCAAUUUGGUAAUCUUGAAAAUAGAUAGUUGGUUGUAAAACAAACUGGUAUAUUAUCCCGGAAGUGAAAACACUUAUGCAAAUGUACCAAUUUUAUCUGUUAUUCCAACAGUGAAAGCCUUUAUGUAAUAUAUCCGCCAUGUGCAUUAUUCUACUGCGAGAUCAACUUGAUUGAGUUGUAAUUUGAUAUAUUUAUGAUUAAAAAAUCAUACAAGACAAGGCCAUGGCCCUUCCAAGGAUCACGACGCCAUCUCCUAGAUUGACGAUGAUAUGACACAGUCAGGAAACAAUGAACCAAUUGUCAAGAAAACUGACAUGAGUAAUAUUUGCACCACCAUUUUCUUUACUGGUAAAAUAAUGAUGAUGUCUUUCCAUGCCAAUUUUUGGAAAAAAUAAUGAAAUAAAUAAUUAAAAAAAAAAUGAAUAAAAAACAA